AAUUUGCUAUACAAUAGUCAUAUGUUGGGCAAAGUAAAAUAACAAAUACUCUGGUCAGCAAAUUGGAGGAAAGAAAAAAAGAAAAAAAGAAAAAAAUGGCAGCUAUGGGAGAGUUGUGGUCUCAAGUGGGCUCAAUCAUGGCGAGCUUAAUGUUCGUCUAUGCUCUGUUUAAACAAUACUUUCCUUACCAAAUUCGUGGCUAUUUAGAAAGAUAUAGCAACAAAUUGGUGAACUUGGUCUACCCUUAUAUCCAAAUUACCUUCCAUGAAUAUUCCGAUGAGCGUUUCAAGCGCAGUGAAGUGUAUGGUGCUAUCCGUACUUAUCUCGGUGCAUGUCCCUCUUCCUCAAAAGCCAAGCGUCUCAAAGCUCAUGACAUCAAAGACAACAAAUCGCUGGUUCUUAGCAUGGACGACAAUGAGGAAAUCACAGAGGAAUUCCAAGGCGUCAAGGUUUGGUGGACUUCUUGCAAACAUGUCACUAAAUCAACAUCCUUCUCUUAUUACCCUGCUUCGGAUGAGAAGAGGUACUACAAGCUCACAUUCCAUAAGAGUCACAGAGACCUCAUUACCAGUACCUAUCUCAAUCAUGUAGUUCAAGAAGGAAAAGCAAUUGCUGUGCAAAAAAGGCAGCUCAAGCUUUACACUAACAAUUCAAGUGACAACUGGUAUGGUUACAAGAGUAGUAAAUGGAGCCAUGUCGUUUUUGAGCAUCCGGCGUCGUUUAAUACUCUGGCUAUGGAUCCCAAAAAGAAGCAAGAGAUUCUUAACGACCUCGAUAAGUUCAAGCAGGGCAAACAGUAUUAUGCCAAAAUUGGGAAGGCUUGGAAGCGUGGUUAUCUCCUCUAUGGACCACCCGGAACUGGUAAGUCAACCAUGAUCGCUGCAUUGGCUAACUAUUUGGAAUAUGAUAUUUAUGAUGUAGAACUCACAGCGGUUAAGGAUAACACUUCUCUGAGGAAGUUGUUGAUUGAUACGACGAAUAAGUCCAUCAUUGUGAUUGAGGAUAUUGAUUGCUCGCUUGAUCUUACUGGUCAAAGAAAGAAGGAAAAGAAGAAAGAUGAAGAGGAUGGAGAAAAUAAAGACCCAAUGAAGGAAAGGGCUGAAGAAGAAAAAGAAGAAAGUAAAAAGAGCAAGGUUACUCUGUCUGGGCUGUUGAAUUUUAUUGAUGGCAUUUGGUCGGCUUGUGGGGGUGAAAGAAUCAUUGUGUUCACCACCAAUCAUGUGGAAAAACUCGACCCUGCGCUCAUUAGAAGGGGAAGGAUGGACAAGCACAUUGAGUUGUCCUACUGUUGCUUUGAAGCAUUCAAAGUGCUUGCCUCCAACUACUUGGAUAUUGAGUCCCACCCUUUGUUUGCAAGGAUCAAAUGCUUGUUGGAGGAAAUCGAUAUGACUCCUGCGGAUGUUGCGGAGAAUUUGAUGCCCAAUUCUGUGACUGAAGAUGGAGAGACAUGCUUGAAGAACUUGAUUGAAGCUCUUGAGGUGGCCAAGGAGGAUGCAAGAAAGAAGGCUGAGGAAGAAGAAGCAAAAUUGAAGGCUGAGGAAGAAGAAGCAAAAUUGAAGGCCGAAGAAGAAAAAGCAAAGUUAAAAGAAAAGAAAGAGGAAAAAGAAGAGAAAGAGAGUGAAGAAUCUGCUAAAGAAGUUGUGAAAUGCAAUGGGACUAUGGUAGUCAAAGAAGUGAAAGAAAAUGGGGUGAAGGAAAAUGGAGUAACCACUUGAGGAAGUGGAGGCGGCAAGGUCUACAGGCCUAGUUUGUAACUACGUUCGUAUAAUAACCCAUUGAUUGAUGGCGUAUUAACCAUCUCAUUCAUUUUGAAUGUAACCUUCACCCCCCCCCCCCCCCCCCCCCCCCCCCCCCCCCCAUUCCUAUGUAUUUCACGCAGUUAUUUCACCUCUGCUGUCCAUUCAAUUCCAUGUUCGCAAUGCCUACUACAAUGAUAUUAUGGAUUUAUUUUUCUGAAUA